AUGUCAACGACCCAUUCACUGCCUAGCACAAGUUCCUCUACCCCAUCCUCCGACGGGGACGAUCCCAGACAGUACGUGACUUCGACAAUCGAUCGCCAUGUGAAUGCUGAUGACUAUAAUGCAGACGAUCAUGUGACGAAGUAUUAUGGCAGUUAUCCCGCACUUGAGAAUUCACCCAUCGAGUCCGUUCGUGCAACUGUCUCGAUGAAUGACGACAAAUCAUUACCAUGUGUGACGUUUCGAUACUUGGUAUUGAGCACAUUAACCACGACAGUCGGAGCGGCAUUUUCACAAUACUAUUAUUUCACAUUCAUACCCAUGACAGUUAGCGUCUUUGUCGCUCAACUUGUAAGCUAUCCUUUGGGGGUUGUCAUGGCGAGGUAUUUACCUCACAAGAAGAUCAAACUGUUUGGAAAGGAGUUUUCGCUAAAUCCUGGACCGUUUAAUGUAAAGGAACAUGCUGUGAUCGGAGUAACUGCUUCCGCUGCAACUUAUUAUCCAUAUGCAAUUCACGCCAUAUCUGCUCAGCGGCUGUUUUUCUCACAUGACUUUGGCCAUGGCGGAAAUCUACUAUUCUUACUGUCGUCACAAUGCCUGGGCUUUGGAUUGGCAGGUAUAUUCUACAAGUUAUUGGUCGAGACUCCGCAAAUGGUCUGGCCAUCAACCCUCGUCAAUGUUGCCUUUCUCAAUACACUGCAUGAACGCAAAUACAAUUUCGUUCGUAGCCUAUCCAGAAUGCAGCUCUUUUGGACUGUUUUCGCUGCUAUAUUUGUGUGGGAAUUGUUCCCUAACUUUAUCGCUCCCAUCCUGAUUAGUGUAGCAGUACUAUGUUAUUUCAACAACACAGAUCCAAAGCUUGUGGCUCUGGGAAGUGGACUUCAAGGAUUGGGGAUUUUAGAUGUUACCUUUGAUUGGAACAGCUUAAGCAAAUUUUCGUUAAUGGCUACUCCUUGGUGGGCCCAGGCCAACUUUUUCGGCGGUUCCCUGAUCUUUCUCUGGAUCGUGAUGCCAAUAGUGUACUACUCCAAUCUCUGGAACGCGCAAACCUAUGACAUAACCUCCAUAAGCGAAUACGACUCAUCCGGUGCCGUAUACAAUCUCUCCCGAAUCCUCAACAAAGCCACAGACAAAGUCAAUUCCACUCUUCUCAACAGCUACUCGGAGGUAUACAUGAGCCCGUUCUUUGCACUCACAUUUGCAUGUGGAUUCCUCGCAAUCACCUCGUGUUUCACCCAUAUGUUUUUGUGGCACGGUACCGAUAUCUGUCGAAAGAUUAAGAGCAUAGCAAGCAAAUUUACCAAACAAAAUAUAAUAGAGAAGGAAACCAAGGACAAUGAAGAUAUUUUGGAUACGUCAACGGUCAGGAGCACGGAAUCUAACACCUGGGCAAGGAAUCAAGUAACACUAGAACAAGAUGCUUGCGUUCAUGUGCGGUUAAUGAAAGCCUACAAAAAGGUGCCCGUCCUAUGGUAUGCCGCAAUCUUUCUGAUUUCGCUGACGAUGGCUAUAGUGUUUGUCAUAUUUUGGUCUACCGGGUUACCAUUCUGGGGCAUAAUUUUGGCAGUUGUUCUAUCUCUCAUUACUAUACUACCAGUCGGUAUAAUUGAGGCCACAGCAAAUCAGCAGAUUGGGACAAAUAUCUUGUCCGAAGUGCUCGGGGGUUACAUGUUUUCCGGUCAACCGGUCGCCACUUACUUAUUCAAAGUAUACUCUUACUGGGCGUUACAACAGUGUUUGAUGCUAACCACAUCGUUCAAACUCGGCCAGUACAUGAAAAUCCCCCCACGCGUCAUUCUUUUUGCUCAAGUGUACGGUACCAUUCUUUCUGCAUUUGUCAUGUACUCGGUCAUGACGUUCGUGAUAAACACGCACGCAAACGAGUUACGCACCAACACACAUCCUUGGGCAUCGUUGUAUGCUGGAUACUUUUAUACCGCAUCGGUGAUUUGGGGCGCUGUUGGGCCACGAAGGAUAUUCGGUGCGACGUCGCCGUACCGUUCGUUACUGUGGUGUUGGGUCGUCGGAUUUCUGUUACCGGUGCCGUUCUAUCUGUUGAAUCGCAAAUUUCCCAAGUCAAGUUUUCCUUGGAGAUCGGUCAAUAUACCUUUGAUAUGCCUCGGUGCAGCAUUGACUUCGCAAUUACCCAAGAACUAUGUAGUGUCUGCGUUGGUUGUCGGAUUUACAACGCAAUUCCUGAUAUACAGAUACAGGCAUCAACUGUGGAGAAAGUACAAUUACGUAGUAAAUGCGGCAUUGGAUUCUGGAACGCAAAUGUGCGUGUUGUUUGUGUUCUUGUUUACAAACGGAUUCUUUACGUCAAUUCAAUUUCCCGCUUGGGCUGGUAACAACCGUAUUAAUCCUGAACAAUGCGCAGUUACUUCCGCUGAUUCAUGA